AUGCAGCCCUCUGUCUGUUGUUGGUCCUUGAAGAUAUGGAUGGUCCAGCUGGCCUUGAUGUUUCUCACUAUUCAAGGUGGGGUCAUAUCUGUAUAGAAUCAGAAUCCUAUUUCUUUGCAUCUCUGUCUACAGACGGUGGUUUGAAGCUUACACUACUACAGUUUAUGGGUUGAAUUGACGGUGUUGUCUCCUGUAUUUGUUCACCUUGGUCAUUAACAUUAACUCCAUUUUGUCUCCACCUCUUUCAGCUCAAAGCUGCACCAAACCCAUAGGAGGGCCAAACAUGGUUUUGUCAGAUGCCUUAAUCACUCAUGAGACAUUUGUAGACAGAGCAAAAGUCAAUUUUCAUUGUGCAAUUGGAUAUGCCAGUGCUGGACGGUCUCGAUCAGUCACCUGUACUGCUGGCGUGUGAAGUGAAACUGACAUGCAAAAGUAAUAUAAUUGUCUAAUUUUGUUCUGAAAAGUUACGCCAUAUUCUUGUAAAUGUUUUCAGUUUUUAGUUACCCACUCGCAACUUGCUAUAUUCAUUGCCCAUCAAUAGAUAUUAUUGAAAUACUAGCCUGGAAUUCGGACCUGUUUUGUGCUAACAUUAAACUCUUUGCCACUCUGUCAUUUUGAAAGUCUGACUGGUUUUCUCUGUGGUUGUUUCAGGGAAGUCGUGUGGCUCCCCAGGAGAAGGGAAGAACGGCCAUUUUGAUCUCUCUGAGGGGAUCUUGUUUGGUGACAAGGUUGUUGCUACCUGUAACACUGGGUCAGUGAUUUCCAAAUAGGCCUUCAUCAAACUUACACUCCCUAAAAGUUAAACAAAACGUGUUUGUUGUCCUAAAAGCAAAGCUCCAAAUACUGUCUCAUAUUGUCUAAUCUUUCUAUUUUUCAGCUAUAUGCUUGUGGGCAGCGAUGUAAGGACCUGUAUGGACGGAGGCUGGGAUGGCAGAGUUCCUUUAUGUGAAGGUUAGUCAUCUGAAGGAGCAUGUCAAGUCAAAAUAACAAUAACUUUAACAGUUCUGUGCUUGUGCCUAAAUCAAAACUCUUCGUAACUGAUCAUAACUGCUGUUGUGUUCUAAUCUGCAGUGGUGAAGUGUGGAAAGCCCCCCACCAUUGUCAACGGUGGGCCUGUUGUCCAACCUGAAGAGAUGUAUAACUAUGGAGAUGUUGUGCAAUAUGGCUGUGAGAAGGAUUACACUCUG